AUGGUGGAGCUAUGUACAACAGUUACUCCUGAUGAGUGGAAUCGUGGGGGUGAAGUGAUUACAAAGCAGAUGGGUGAAGGCAAGUGGAUUCAAGAGAAUCAUGGAACACUUGGGAUCAUCCAGAGGUCGCUCUCAAGUUCAACCCUGGAAGCUGAUGGUCAUGAAGGGACAGCUAAGGAGUUGUGGGAGAGUAUGGAAGCUGUGUAUGAGGACAGAUCGCAUCUAUGCAAGGUUUUUUGUGAGUUGAAGGCACUCAGACCGAGUACCUCAGAUAAAGACAUACUGAAGAGAAGGCUAGAGCAAGAUGAAGUGUUUAGUCUUCUGCUGAGUUUAGAUAAGUCUUAUGAUAAGCUGGUCAGGAAGAUCCUCACGGAAGAAGUCCUACCUGAUGUGGAGAGUGUGUGUGCAUACAUAGGAGACAUAAAAGAUGGGGAUAGCUUAACAAACAGACACGAGAAGGGUGGAGCUGAUGAGGUGAUUACCAGAAGAGAAUGGGAUGCAUUUGUAGCCAAAGCGAAAGCACUCACUGCAUCAAAGAAGCAAGGAAGUCAUUCAGUAAGGUCUAAACCUAUUAUUGUGGAUUCUGGAGCCAGUCAUCACAUGAUCAGUGAUAGGAGUCUGAUGGAUGAAGUGAGAGCAGCUACUGGAAAUGUUCAGAUAGCAAAUGGAGAUAAAAUUCCUAUAGAAGGGAUAGGAAGCUUGAAGCUAUUUGACAGGGAGUCAACAGCCUUGUACCUGCCUCAGUUUACCUCCAAUUUGAUAUCUGUAAAGAGAGCUACUAUUGAUUUGCAAUGUCAAGUAGUAUUCAGGCCACAGGAGGUUGAGUUUCAAGAUCUUGUUACGGGUCAAGUGAUUGGAAAGGGGAGCAGUACCAACAAUCUAUACCAGCUACAAUCAACUAAGCUCUCUAAACCCUCUAUCUCUAUAUGCAUGAGUAGUACUGCUGAUGGCUAUGAAAAAUCUAAGUAUACAUGGGUCACAUUGCUUCCCUCCAAGGAUAGAGUGUUAGAGGCAUUUAUAAACUUCCAAGCUUAUGUCACUAAUCACUAUAAUGCUACUGUGAAGGUACUAAGGUCAGACAAUGGAGUUGUCUCAGCAUGUUAUCUCAUCAACAGGACACCGACGAAAGUUCUGAGGGAUCUAUCUCCAUUUGAGGUACUGAACAAGGCUAGGCCGCAGAUUCAACAUCUGAGAGUGUUUGGGUGUACCUGCUAUGUAUUGGUUCCAGGAGAGCUGAGGAAGAAGCUUGAUGCAAAGAGCACUAAGGCUAUGUUUAUUGGAUACUCCAUUACUCAGAAAGGGAAAAGGUAUUAUGAAGAAAAGAUAUGGGAAGAUUUGAAGGAUCUUCCACAAACGCCAUCAGAUAAGGCAACAAAUCUGAGGAAAAUAUUGGAGAAUCUUGGGAUUAGCAUGACCCAGGAUCAGGGAACAAGAAGAGAACCACCAAGAAGCCCAAGUACUCAUGAGGAGGAAAGUGAAAGGAGGUCCCCUCUUGAUCAUGAGGGGGGAAGUGAAGCUGAAUCAGGAGUGCAACAACAACAGCAAGUGAUUCAGGAAGUCAUGAUCAAGGAGAGACACAAGGAGAAGAGAGUCCAAGAUCAGAUGGAGAUGCGCAGGCUGAUAGAGAGAGUCCAAGAUCAGAUGGAGAUGCGCAGAUUGAUAGAGAUGAGCAGGCAGCUAUGCAAAAUCCAGUCGAGUCAGUUGGGAUUCAGGAACCAGAAACAGAGGUCAACCACUGAGGAGAAGUACCAGGGUAAAGAAAGAUCCAUCAAAUUGGGUGAACACAAGGAUAUACUACAAUGCGGAGGCCGUAGCACAUCCGACUCAAGCAGUAUGUUCGUUUGCAACAUAUCCAGAGGAGCAUGUGGUCUUCAUGUGUAA